AGAAAAACACGCGCAAAAUAUAUUAAAAAGAAAACAGCCCCCUUGGCAGCGAGUGCGCGGGAAGUUCAGCGCGCGAGUUCCGGGUUUCCCGCCCGCCCCGCCGGCCGCACACGGGUGAGCCCCCCGACCCUGUUCCGCUGCCUGCCGGGCCGCGUCCGUCCCUGCGUCCGGCGUUCUGUCCGCCUCCCCACUCCCCAUCCGCCCUCGCCGGGGGGGCCGCGCGGGGUCUGCGGAUCCGAGGCUGGCGGGCCCGCGUACUCCCUGCCGCAGCGCGGCCGCGGCGCCUGCAGAACCCGGUCCCGGCGGCUUGGGCUCUGGCCUGGCCCCGCGCCGCGCGUCCCGGACCGCGGCCUCCUAGGCCACUUGUGGAGCUCCUCUCCCGCGGCUGUAACUCUAAACCAGCCUGAGCGAGGCCUGUUUUGAUUCGGAAACCAGCCACCAGCGUGUCCGUGCGGAACGCAGGAACUGAGGGCCAGCCCGCCACCUGAAGCUUUUGCGCACAUUGGCUGGGAAGGGACGUCUCCUCCUGCCAGCCUUCUCUGAGAUUUGAAAGUUCUGUCGCAGCUUUCCACGGAGGGGCCUGGUGGGCUGCCCGGGGCCUUUUGAUGAGCCUGCUGCCUUAGCCCCAUCAGGGAAGCUGUCCCUGAGCCCCAUCUCUCCAACUCUAAGUGGCGAUCCAGAGGCCACCGCGCGUGAGCCCAGCCAGCUGUGGCCUAGCCACCCUCCUGCAGGAAUCAUCUGUGAGAGCUCCUAGGGCCCAGCGCUCCCCAUCAGGGCCCAGCAACAUGGAUGUAGACGCCAAGUACCGCCAGGCCUCCCUCUAUGUGGGUGACCUCCCUCCAGAUGUCACCGAGAACAUGCUGUUCCUGAAGUUCAGCACCGUGGGAACGGUGCUGUCCAUCCGCAUCUGCAGGGACCUGGUCACCCGCUGCUCCCUGGGCUAUGCCUAUGUGAACUUCCUGCACGUGGCUGAUGCCCAGAGAGCCCUGGACACCAUGAACUUCGACGUGAUACAAGGGAAAUCCAUCAGGCUCAUGUGGUCUCAACGCGACGCCUACUUAAGGAAAUCUGGAAUCGGGAACGUGUUCAUCAAGAAUCUGGACAAAUCCAUUGAUAACAAAACGCUUUAUGAGCAUUUUUCAGUUUUUGGGAAGAUCCUGUCCUCUAAGGUGAUGUGUGAUGAUCAGGGCUCCAGGGGCUAUGGAUUUGUGCACUUUCAGAACCAGGCUGCCGCCGACAGGGCCAUUGAGGAGAUGAAUGGGAUGCUGCUUAAGGACUUUAGGCUCUUCGUUGGCCCAUUUAAAAACCGCAAAGAUCGGGAAGCUGAGCUCCAAAAUAAAGCCAAUGAGUUCACCAAUAUUUACAUCAAGAACUUUGGAGAUGAGAUGGAUGAUGAGAAGCUGAAGGAAUUUUUCAGCCAUUAUGGCAAAAUCGUGAGUGUUAAGGUGAUGACAGAUUCCAGUGGGAAAUCCAAAGGCUUUGGCUUUGUGAGUUUUGAUACCCAUGAGGCUGCCAAAAGGGCUGUUGACAUAGUGAAUGGGAGGGAAAUAUUCGGACAGCAGGUAUUUGUAGGCCGGGCACAAAAGAAAGCAGAGCGACAAGCUGAGUUAAAGCAAUUGUUUGAGCAGCGGAAACAGGAAAGAUCUUGGCGGGUCAGGGGAACGAAAAUCUAUGUUAAGAACCUCGAUGAGACCAUUGAUGAAGAAAAACUACGGAAAGCAUUUUCUUUGUUUGGAUCAAUUAUCAGAGUGAAGGUAAUGCAGGAAGAAGGACGAAGCAGAGGGUUUGGCUUGAUCUGCUUCUCCUCUGCAGAGGAGGCUGCUAGAGCAAUGGCUGAGAUGAAUGGCUGCCUGUUGGGCUCCAAGCCAAUUAACAUCGCCCUGGCCCAAAGGGCCUAGGAGAGAAAGGUUUAUUCCAUCUGCCAGUGAAUGCAACAGGUGCAGGAAUGAUGGUGAUCUCUGAAUUGUCCUCAGUCAAGUUUAAUUCCCACGUGAUGGCAGCUUAGUUUAGUAAACUACGUGGUAAAAGGUUCUGUCUACAAAGUUUGUUUUGUUUGCAGAAAAAUUAAUGAAUCUUAGAAGGUUGCUUCAUUUUACAGAGGCAUACCUUUUCAUGACAUUCUUGGGUGUUUUUUUUUUCUGAUUUUGAUGUAUUCUGAGCAAUGGAUAUAAUUAGAUGUUUUUAUUUUACAUUUUGAACCAACUGAAGUGAGGUAAUUGAGUAUACUGCAUAUUUUUUUCUUAUUUUAAUAAAAUCACUAGCUUUAAUUUAUUCUAAUAAAUAUGCUCAAAAUAUUUAUUUUGCCUAAGGAUGGCAAAGUAAUUUACUUUACAAGGAGAAUUUUUUUUUUUUAAGGAACCAAAAUUUUAAAAAUGACUAGUACAAAUUCAUUAUCUAAUUUCAUUUUGAAUUAAUGUUUAAAGUACUAGUAAGAGCUGAAAUUCUUUUAAAUUUAUAUCCUGGCAUGAUUUCUUUUCUGAUGGCUGAAAUUAAUGAUGGAAGAUUUUAGUGUUGCUUACAAAACUACUUUAUAGGAUAUAUUGCUAUUCUUUCCAUUGGUUGACUAAUUCAGUUGCUUGCUAGCUAUCAAAAUUGUGACUUGAAUAGUAAAACCUUAACUCUAACAUUCCUUAAUUUAUAAAGCUGUAUCAAUGUAAGUGACAAAAAUCUGGCUAGUCUUAAUUCUCUUCAUACCUAUGUAGCUUAAUAUUAUGCCUUCAGUGUUUAUCAGAUAUGCUAUAUUAUAGAAGUCACAUAUAUAUACAUAAAUAUAGAGAGAGAGAACAUAGAAAUUAUGCUUAACAACUAUGCUUUAGUGUCUGUUUUCUAUGGUUCCGUGUAGUGACAAUGUCUCAGGGUUGAGAAAAGUAAAAGUUGCUUUAUUCUUAUGAACUCUUAUCUCCCUUUAUAAGACCAUGAGAGCUAUGUAACCCAUUCAGGUUCACUUUUAGCCUUGAUUGAUCAGAAACUCACUAAUUGAUUUUCUGAUAAAUUGAAGUUAUAUCUCAGCCUGUUGUCUAGCAUAAUUUUUAUUUUAGUCCAAUUUCCAGACCUUUCCUUCUCUCCCACCUUCCAUUUAUAUCACUUAGCUCCUUUUUAUCCUUUUUAAAGGGCUAUUAAAAAAAAAAAAAUCCCUAGUCAGUAGCUCAGUUGGUUGGAGCAUCGUCCCAUAUACCAAAAGAAAGUUUGCAGGUUCUGUUCCCACUGAGGCACAUACCUCUAGGUUUCUGGUUCAAAACCCGUUCUGGGAGUGUACAGAAGGCAACUGAUCAAUGUUUCUCUCCUAUCAAUUUCUCUCUCUCAAAAUUAAUUAAGAAAUACAUACCCUUGAGUGAGGAUUUUUUAAAAAAGGGCUUAGUCACUUCUUGGCCUUUUGGCUAAGAUCAAGUGUAAAAGGGCUUCAUUAUAUUGAUUAUUACUACUUGCUGUUUGAAAUCCACUUUGAAAAUAGAGGCAAGUGUUAUUUAUUUACACUUAAAUAAUUACUUUUAAAAUUCUGACUUAUUCAUACCAAAGGUGACUAGAAAAUAGUUUUAUUGUUCUUGUUGCUGUUCUAUUUUUAAUCUGCUUAGUUAUUUUCUGUAACCAUAUAGUCAAAACUUCUGUUUCAUAUAUUAAUAGUACAAAAUAAAUAUAUAGAGUAUCUUAUCUGCAAACUAUAGUAAAUCUUUUAAAAAUGUCUUGCUUUUCAAUAUCUACUAACAUGUUUCAGUAAAUACUGAUCUAUUGUAAGAAUCUAUGUGAAACUCAUCUGCCAGCUCUAAUUCAUUGUAUCUCUGAAUCACUGUGUUGAGAAGUAUUUACCUCAAAAACAGAGUUUUUAAGAAAGGGUACCAGGCAACAGAAUGGGAAGUGUAGUGGGUGUGUCAAGCCUUGACAUCUCUUCCUAGAUAAUCUAGUCUAUCAAAAUGUUCAAAUAUUUGAACAAUAUUUCAUAAGGCUUAUAUAUGGAUUACCAAAAUAAUAUCAGGGAACUGUGUUCUCUCUUAUGUGCACAAGGAGUUAAUAGGAUGUAAUAUAAGAUGUCUAGAUGAAUUAUAACCAUAAUUUCAUGGCACAAUAAUCUUCCAUGUAGUAGAACUUGCUUAUUUUUAAUUAUUUACCAUAGGAAAUAAUUAAGUCAGCUUACAAUAAUAUAUAUAUAUAUAUAAUCCUGUGGAAUUUCUUGAUGGAUUUAAAUUUUGCUCAUUCUAAAUUGUGUGUGAUAAUAUCAAGUUUUCCUAGUUGAUAGUAGAGGUUCAUUCUUUCAAGAAAAUGUAAUCUUGUAUGUGUUAGUGCCUUGAUUAAAUAAGAAGAGUCUUCACUUUUCUGAUAAGCAUUCUAGUAAAAGCUAAUUUACAUAGAGAUGCCUUGAGCUGCUGCUUCUACUCUUGCCUCCCUUCCGCACACGUUGCCAAGUUUGUUGUGUAGAUGCCUGUUUGCAUGUACAGCCAAUUCAAUAAAUGUGCCUUUUAACAUUUUAUUUUUCAAUGGAAAUUUAUCGUUGCUAAAAGUAAACUUUAUUUAAAGUGGCUUAGAAUUGGUAUUUUUGUGCUGUUAAUAUUUUUGUAAGUCCAUGUUGAAAACAUCAAAUAAAGUCUAAUA